AUGUCCGAUCCCUCGUUCGUGGGAUUUGUUUCGGCUGAAAGCACUACAGACAUCAAGACAAUCGUGUCUUUUCCUGGAAUUUAUGAGGCAGACUGGGGGAUGCUUGUGGAGAGUUCGACGAAGUUGCAGGGCGGAGAAGACGGCUACCAGGCGGUUGGAAGUACGGCCUGCGUGUUCCUGCCGAAAGGAAGCUCUCAUUUCGCAGAUCACGCAAAAAACGUAGAUGAUCCACAGCAACCAUGUUGGUGCAUGUCCUUGUACGGCAGCGAGGCAGAUUUUGGUUGCAAAUGGUUCGAAGAAUGGAGGAAGCAGCUGGAAAAGGCAGUCGAAAAAAAUCACACGCUCGUGGUGGUCUUCAAAGCAGGAGAUACCCCUCAAGGUCCAGAUGACGACAGUACUGAGUGGAUGACGAAGUACAAGUGGCCGCCAAAACUGAAGUGCAACGAGGCCAACAAGGGAAUGCCCGAAUUGGGCGUGUCCCAAAGGGGUGAGGUGGCCUACUUGAAGAAAUGCCUGGACAACAUGCAACCAGGCCAACGCAAUAGAGUACUAGUGGAAGACAUCCUUAAUUUUCGCAAGCGGCUGCUGGACCUCACUCUAACUCGUCUGGAGAGGGACUCCUUGUGCAGACGAAAUGACAUUGACGAAAGGCUGGUGGAGGUGCAAAAGAAGAGGAAGGAACUUCAGCCAAUCGAGGAUCAGUGUGCAGGCCUACAGGAAAUUCAUUGGGCAGCAAGAGACGGUGAGAAGACUGUGGUGGAAAUUUUGGUCCAGCAGGGGCUGCCGGACAUUAUCAAAGAGCCAACAAAACCCGGUCGAGCCCAACCUCUGCACUAUGCUGCCAAAGCAGGCAAAAAUCAGAUCGUUCAAGAAGGGCAAAUGAGGAUCGUUGAGCACUUGCUGCUCAAGGCAGCGGACCUGGAAGCCAGGAAUGAGGAUGGUGAGACACCAAUGCAUUGGGCAGCGUACACCGGCUUUGUGGCAGUCCUUGAGAAACUGAUCGAGAAACACGCCAACAUGGAUUCUGAAGACAACCUGGGAGAGAGGCCUCUUCACAAGGCGGCUCGGAAGGACCAUGAUGAGGUCGCCAAAGCUCUGUUGGAGGUCAAAGCCAAGCAGGAUGCUGUCACCAUCAAAGGUCAGACGCCCCUGCAUUUGGCAGCCCUUUGUGGCAGUCCUCAAGUUGUCCAAACGCUGGUGGGCAACGAUGCGGGGCAGGGGAUGUUGGAUGAGAAUGGAGAUGCGCCUAUUCACUUGGCUGCAGCCAGGGGGCGUGCAGCAAUUGUGCAGUUUCUCAUUGCCCACAAGGAGGACCCAGAUCGGCAUGGCAGAACACCACUUCACAUAGCAUCCAUGAAGGGCCACAGGAAGCUGGCCAAACUUUUGCUACACGAGCGCUGCAACAAGGAAGUCACUGACGGCGAGGGCCUAAGACCCAUUCAUGCGGCGGCAAGGUGUGGCCAUCAGGAUGUGCUUGAGGAACUGAUCAAAGCUGGCUGCAACAAGGAAGCCAAGACAGAGACUGAUGAAACGGCAUUCCACAUCGCGGCACGAUAUGGCCAAGCUGAAGUGGUCAAGUUCCUGCUGCAGCAUCAAUGCAGCAAGGAUGUCCACAACUACGAUGGUCUACAACCUAUUCAUGUGGCAGCAAAGUACGGACAUAAGGAGGUGGUUCUGCUUCUCCACAACAGCACUCACGAGGCAAACAAAACGAAGAAUGGCCAAAGCCACCUACACAUUGCGGCGCUGUAUGGGAAGUUGGACGUGGUCAGCUUGCGUCUGGCAAACUUCAACAAGGACAUAACGGACUCGGAUGGCAGAACGCCGCUUCAUUUGGCAGCCUUGGAGGGCCGGUUGGAUGUGGUCACAGAACUUCUGCUUCAAAGGUGUGCGGUGGAUGUGGCAGACAGAUAUGGUCAGCAGCCGCUUCAUUUGGGAAUCGUCGAAGGGCACUGUAAAGUGGUCGAGAAGCUCAUACAGGAAAGGUGCAGCAAGGAUUCGAAAGAUUCGGAAGGCCAAACGCCGCUUCAUUUGGCUGCCUGGGGUGGCCGUCAUAAUAUAGUAGAGCUUCUCCUGACGGAGGGAUGUCAGGAGGCAGUGGACAACUAUGGUUACGUGCCACUUCAUCUUGCGGUGCGACAGACAGCUCACGAGGUAGUGAAAAGUCUGCUGCGCUUUUCCAGCAAGGACGCCAAGGAUUUGAAUUGUCGAACUCCGCUUCAUCUUGCGGCUAUGGGGGCUGACCAGGACAUAGUCCAGACCCUGGUGAGCAACGACUGCAACAAGGAGGCUAGGGAUCGCAGAGGCCAUCGUCCGCUUCAUUUGGCAGCACUGCGGGGCAACAUCGACGUGCUGACGUGUCUGCUCGAAAGUGGGUGCAAGCAGGAUGUGACAGACGAUGGCGGCAUGGGUCUGGGUUGA